GCUAACACUGUUCGACGCCACUUCCAGCCCACUCUCGUCUGACGCCGCCAAACAAGCCUCUCUCCGUUGUCCUACUCAUCCGGUCCCUGACCCAAGGUCUCUUUUCCCCAAAAAUCAAAUAAAGGUAGGUAUGGCUGCAAAUAUGUUCGUGGUUCCUCAGACACAAGGCACUGUCUUGUGUUGCAAAUGUGGUAUUUUGAUGGCGCCAAAUCCCGCAAACAUGUGUGUGACAUGUUUGAGGUGUGAAGUUGACAUUACUGAAGGUUUACGAAAGCAUGUCACUAUCAUGCAUUGUCCAGAGUGCGAUUGCUACUUGCAGCCGCCCAGAACUUGGUUAAAAGCUCAGCUGGAAUCGAAGGAGCUAUUGACAUAUUGUGUGAAACGACUCGAGACUGAUUUGAAAAAGGUUAGGCUAGUAAAUGCCGAAUUCAUUUGGACUGAGCCUCAUUCUAAGAGAAUCAAGGUCAAGCUGAAAGUUCAGAAGAAGGCUCUUAAUGGAGCAAUUCUAGAGCAAUCUUAUGUUGUUGAGUAUGUUCAGCAGGAUCACAUGUGCGAAUCUUGUACCAGGUUUCAAGCCAACCCAGACCAGUGGGUGGCUUCUGUGCAGCUAAGACAGUGUGUUUCGCACCGACGCACUUUCUUUUAUCUGGAGCAGGUCAUUCUGAAGCAUGAUGCUGCUGUCCAUGCCAUUAAAAUCAAGCAGAUGGAUCGGGGUAUCGACUUUUUCUUUGGCAACAAUAGUCAUGCCUUGAAAUUUGUUGAAUUUUUGGGCAAAGUUGUUCCAACAGAUAAGGGUAAGCGUUCCCAGCAGCUAGUUUCUCAUGAUACUAAGAAUAAUAGCUACAACUAUAAGUACACAUACUCGGUUGAAAUAUCCCCUAUCUGCCGUGAGGAUUUGAUUUGUUUGCCUCCAAGAUUUGCUGUUAGUUUGGGGAAUUUCGGUCCACUUGUAAUCUGCACAAGAGUGACGAACAACAUUACAUUGCUCGAUCCAUUUACUCUUAGGCAAUGUUUCUUAGACAGGGACCAGUUUUGGAGGUAUUCCUUUAAGUCUUUACUUAGUAGCAGGCAGCUGGUGGAAUAUGAUGUCUUCAAUGUCGAAGUUGUUUCUCCAGAAUAUAAUGUUGGUGGCUGCAAAUAUGUUAUAGCUGAUGUUGAAGUGGCUCGUGUUAACAAUUACAGUAAGUUGUUUUGCGUAAGAACUCAUCUGGGCCACAUAUUAAAGCCUGGAGAUCGUGCUCUUGGUUAUGACCUUUAUGGUGUCAACUCUAAUGAUAAUGAACUAGACAAGUACAUAGACCUUGUAGUUCCUGAUGUAAUAUUGAUAAAGAAGAGCUACGAAGAGAAACGCCAGAAGAAGCGCGGGAAGCCUCGUCCUUGGAAGCUUAAGUCCCUCAACAUGGAACUCGAUGAAUCCAGCGAAGAGAAGAUGGGCUUAGAGUACGAAGAAUUCUUGAGAGAUCUGGAAGAGAACCCUGAACUAAGGUUCAACUUAUCGUUGUACCGCGACAGAGAUUACCAACCAUCGGAAAUUGCAUCCAUGGCUGAUGAUGAUGAUGAUGUGCCUUCUGUUCCAUUGGAAGAGUUGCUUGCUGAUCUGGAGUUGAGUGAUGUGGAAGAUGGUGAAGAUAGCAUGAGAGAAUGAUGAUCAAAGUUGGAAUUUUCAUGUAAUUUCAUUUAUUCUUUUUAUUCCUCGAGACUUGCAUGGAAGAGGUAAUUUG